UCCACGCUUAGUGCUGACCUGAACAUACAGAGCUUAUGAAUUACAGUAUAAAGAAAAACGUACAACUGCGGGAUAUUCAGAGUAUCCACACACCGUGUACCAAAAAACGCUGGCUGCGUGCAGAUGAGCCGCGGUGCUGCCCGGAAGAAAAUAGGGCCACCUUAAAAGGGCACAGAAAGCGUCGAUUUUCCGGUGCCUAUUGGGUAAGAGGGCAAUGGCUUUAUUGUAUAUUGAUGCAGAUGAACAGAUCCCGAAUAUUCAUCUCGUCCACCCUUCCGCCAAUUCCACCCUUCGGAUGAAGUAUAUAUUCAACCAGAGGAGCGCAUCAAGACCAGCAAUUGUUUUUCUCUAUCACAGACUGUAAUGGAGCCUCUUUCUGGGAAAGGAGGACCUUCCCAUCUUGAUGGUAUAGACAUCGUCAUCAAGAAAGAAGAGGAGGAGCGUGAAGAUUUGCUGGAAGAUUUUCAAGAGUCUCCACUAUUCGUCACCAAGCAGGAGAAGGAGGAGCACGCAGGAGAGAGGAAGUGUUAUGGAUGUGCCCAGCCCCAUAUCACAAACUUUCAACCUACAAAUGAUAAUCCAAGCACUCUGGAAGAUGUGAACAAAGCAAAAAAGGUAAAGAAGAGGAAGAGGGUUUGUGAAGAGGAGGAGUGGGCUCCUGAGACAGUGGAAGAUGACCGAGGUCCUGAGACAGUGGAAGAUGACCGAGGUCCUGAGACAGUGGAAGAUGACCGAGGUACUGACUCGAGGCAUUGUCGCCUGUGCCAGCGCUGCUUUAGCUCCUCCUGGGAGCUCACUGGCCACUGCUGUACUGGCAUAAUAGGUACAGAGGACGGAGAUGGCACAAAGUUGGAGUUUUGCUGCCCCGUGUGUGGUGAUCGAUUUUUGAGGCCCACUGCCUUCAUAAUGCACAAGCAGAGUCAUGUCGGACAAUCGCAGUACGUCUGCGGGGUGUGUGGCCGGACUUUAAAGACGCUCCGAAAGCUGGCCACCCACCGGCGGUCCCAUACGCGCAGCCCCCUACUACACUUGCAAUGUCGAGAAUGUUGCCGAUCCUUCCAUGGCCUGGAAGCUCUGAGGGACCACAGGAUGAGCCAACAUGGUAAGGAAGCAGAUAAGCAGGAGGAAGCAAAAGACAUAGAGCACCGUGAGGCAAACACAAGGACCCUGAGCAGUGAUACAGAGGGCAUGGUAGCCCACUCUCUCCAGUCUCCUCAGCCUCCCCAAUGCUUGCGCUGCUUCAUGACAUUCCGUGAUGCGGAGACGGCAGAGAGGCACCUGCGCUUUAAGCAUCCGGCUGAUUAUGAGCAAAAGCUCCAAGGCCACACGGUGUUUGCCUGCUGCGUCUGCGACCGCACCUUCCCAUCCUCACGCCUUCUUUCUGCACACCAGCGCACACACAGCAAAUGGAGCCUGAUCCCUGCUGGACUAGAUGAAUCACUGCAGGAAAGCAGAGACGAGAGAGGAAUAAAGAGGAAUGCUGAGAUUUUAGAGAGAAAACAGAUAGUUGACAAUAGUAGGAGCAGACCAAGUGGAUCUAGUUCAAUGUGUUGCUUUCAAUGCCACAUCAUCUUCACCGAUCUUCAAACCUGGGAACGUCACAUGAUCUCCAAGCACCCUCCUUCCAUAGCAGCGCAUUCACCUGGUGAGAGUGGUCGGGGAUACCUGUCCCCGCGGCCGCCCCGGGGCCAGCCAAGGCCCUACCGCUGCUCCACAUGUGGAGAGAAGUUCAUCCAGGAGAGCUCCCUGAUAAAACACAGCACCGAGUCUCACGUGGGCUGAGGGGGAGCGGCUGCCAACAAUAAAAGGCAUAUUAGCGAUAAUGUUUAUUAGAUAAAAAUUACAGGAUGACUGGUAGGUUACUUACCCUGUUUUACAGAUACAACUGUUAUACUAUAUACAGUAUAUAAUAAAGACUCAAACUAAAUUUUAACCAUCUACAUCCAACAGAUGGAAAAUAUCGGUUAGUUCAGAAUUUAGUUCAGAAUUUAUCUUCGUAGAAAAGAAAACACUGACUUCUUGAUAUAGGUUAAUGAUCUGUCAUUCUAGCCUAUGCAACAAAAAAAACUCAUGUAACUUUGUUGUCUUGUUUACCUUGUUAUUGAACUAGGAACAGAGAACAGGAUAGAGAAUGGAAUUUCAGGGGAAAAGAAGUGUGCUGUAUGUGUUCAUUAAACUAUGAACAAAAAACA